AUGAUACCUGCGCCGUCAUUCCCCGCUCGGCCAAAGCCGGCAGGGUACGCUUCUCGAUUCUUAUUACGCGGUCGCGGUCACUGUCCAGAAUAUUCACACCUGACGCUACCUGGGCCAUCUCAUUGGCCUCAUGGUUUUCGGCGCGUGCUGGAACGUAAAUUGCCACCUUUGUCCUUGAGGGGAUUCGAUCACAACCCCGGCCCUCGACCUGGUCUCGGUACUGGAGCCAUCGAUUUACAUGGUCCAGUAGUUUUUUUCCAUGUGGGUCAUGCCGAUCUCAACCUCCAGCUCCCCCUCUUACCCCUGAACCGAGUGGUGGGCCAAGAAAUCGACCAAUGCCUGGCCUUUGACCGACUUCUGGGCUACAUAUUGGAAGGUGAAUUCGGACAAUGGCAUCGUCCAUUUCCCGAUCCGGCCGCGUAUGAUCGGCCGAGUAAGCAUGUAUUUGAUGAGGUUGGUCUUGGAGAUGAUCUGAACGACCGAAGGAAGCAUAUAAUGGCGCAACUUGGUGGCCGCGAAAUAAAGCGCCAAGCAUAA